AUGGUCAGCAGCAGCAGCUUCAAAAUGCUGCAAUGUCGAGUCAACAGUCCCAGAGUUCUAACCACCAUCUUCACCAGCAGGAUAAAAUGGGUACGGGUAGUGUAACAGUGGACGGUGGCAUGUCUAAUUCAUUCCGAGGGAAUGAUCAGGUUUGUGGUUUUCUCUGUUUCUCCAUGGGCAAUGAAGAGUUAGUGUAUAAUAUUUAGAUACUGAAAUGAAGCAGUUUCUUUAAUAAUAACCUUUCUCAGAUAAUAUCAAAUAAAAAUAAAUGAAUAUGAAUACUUUUCUUUGCUAAUUAAAUCAGAAUUUAAGCUUUUGAAUGCCGAAAAUUGUAGCCUUUUCUAGCUUGUGUAUCCAGUUCCAAUUAGUAAUCAUGCUCCUCAUUGUUUUCGUUGUAUUUAGACUUCAAAGAGUCAGGGUGGGCGCAAAAGGAAACAACCUGUCUCCUCUUCUGGGCCUGCAAAUAGUUCAGGAACUGCAAAUACUGCUGGGCCCUCCCCAAGUUCUGCACCAUCAACUCCGUCCACUCAUACACCAGGAGAUGUAAUAUCAAUGCCAUCUUUACCUCAUACUGGCAGCUCGUCUAAGCCCUUGAUUAUGUUUGGUUCUGAUGGCGCUGGUACUCUGACAUCGCCUUCUAAUCACUUGGUGGGUUACUGUUUUCCUGCUGUAAUGAUUUGCAUAUCUUACGUAAUUGUUUCUGUUUAUAACUUUAUGGUACUUUUGGUGUGUGAUAUCUUGAUGAAUCGAAGGUCUUUUUUAUCAGGUCUAUCUUGUUCUUUACAAGGUUAAGGUGAUUAUUUAGGUAUAUCAUAUCUUACGAGGGACUUAUUUUUGCAGUGGGAUGAUAAAGGUGAAUUACUUGUGGAGGAUGGAUCUUUGGACGACAAUGUUGAAUCUUUUUUGUCUCACGAUGAUGCUGAUGCCAGAGAUCCUGUUGGUUGUGGGAUGGAUAUGAGCAAAGGUUUGUAUAUAUGUAUUAAGCAGUUACAUUCACAUGAAACCAAAGAUUCUUACUGUUAUGUUGGAUAAGUGAAGUUUCUUUGGUGGUUUUUAAUCUACCGUUGGCAUUUUGAUACCAGGAUUUACCUUCAAUGAGGUCAGGGCCAUCCAUGCAAGUUCCAGUAAGGUUGUGUGUUGUCAUUUCUCCUCAGAUGGUAAACUCCUUGCCACUGGUGGCCAUGAUAAGAAGGUGAUGAGAAGAAAUUCCUUUUUUUCGUAGAAGACCUUCAUUAUUUUAAUUUUUCUCUAUUUAACAUAUUUUACCAUCACUUGCGCUUGCACGUUAAUUUCUCUUUGAUUGUUAUUGAUAAUUUAUUCAUUUAUUAUGUUAAUUUUUCAAUGCAGGCUGUUUUAUGGUACACAGAUUCAUUAAAACCAAAGACUCAACUAGAAGAACAUGCUUUGCUCAUCACUGACGUCCGUUUUAGCCCGAGUAUGCCUCGUUUGGCUACAUCAUCUUUUGACAAAAGUGUCAGAGUAUGGGAUGCAGAUAAUGUAUGCAACUUUUAUGUUUUAUCCUCCUUUUCAUUUAUUUUCUGGAGUUAAUUUCCAAAUGUUUUAAAUCCUCAAAAUUAGCGUACAAGAUAUGUGUGUUAAAUUAUGGGGAUAUUGUUCUACAAGUAUUUUGUGUUUAUAUGCGUUGUGGUUUCUAAGCUUGUUUCAUGGCAAUCGGUUGUUGACUCGCUGACUACUGUGCACAGCCGGGUUACUCCCUUCGUACUUUUACUGGUCAUUCUGCGUCUGUGAUGUCUCUGGACUUUCACCCGAAUAAGGAGGAUCUCUUGUGCUCUUGUGAUGGGGAUAGUGAAAUACGAUACUGGAGCAUCAAUAAGGGUAGCUGCACUCGAGUUUCUAAGGUAUGCAACUUCAUAUGAGCUCCUCCCAAUCUAGUUGGAGCUAUGAACUUUGAUAUGUCUCCACUAGGAUUAGAUUUGGUCAUAUACCUUGGAUCGUUUACUGCCUUUUUUGUGAUUUUUCUCUUGCAUGGGGCUAUUAUUUUCUUAAUGUUGUGAAUUUUUUUAUUUGUGACCUUUUUGGUUUUUGGGCUCUCAUUUAUUGGAAACUUUUCUAUGCUAUAAUUCAGGGUGGUACCUCUCAAGUGAGAUUUCAACCUCGUCUAGGAAGAUAUCUUGCCGCCGCCGCUGAGAAUGUUGUUUCCAUAUUGGAUGUUGAAACCCAAGCUUGCUGCCAUUCGUUACAGGUUGGAGAUCCGACAGCACUUGCCUGUGGAAAUUUUUAGUUACUUUUUAUAGAACUCUGCACCAUUUUACACAGCUUUAAACAGUGACGGCUGAUGAUGCGGGAUUUUAAUUACAGUGGUUCCUUGAGGAAAUUGGGAAUAUCACGCAGUCUUUCUGACGAGACUGUAUAAAAAACCUUUCUUUAUGUGGAAAAAUCGAUCAGAUUCUGCUAUUUCCUCCAAAUUUUUGGAUGCCAUCAAGCUUAAAAUUAUUUUAAUCUGAAAUGGAUUAUCUUAAGUGCUCUUGGACCCGGUUUUCCUAAGGAGAAAAUGUGCUUUUACAUGAAAUGGGACCGAUUUAUUGUUUAAUUAAAACUCGGUAUUUUUCUUUCAGGGGCACACGAAACCGGUCCACUCUGUCUGCUGGGACCCUACAGGUGAUUACGUGGCGUCUGUCAGUGAGGACUCGGUGAGGGUGUGGACGCUUGGCUCUGGGAGUGAAGGGAAGUGCAUCCACGAUCUGCACUGCAAUGGAAACAAGUUCCAUUCGUGCGUCUUCCACCCCACCUACCCCUCCUUGUUGGUCAUCGGCUGUUACCAGGUGAGCGAGCGGUUCAACGUUUUCUUUCUUCAUACCUUAGUUGCUUUGCUUUGAAUAACCCUUGAUUUCCCUUCCAUCUUAAUUAUUCACCCUUCAUUUCCCUUUUCUAUGGCUUUUUAUUGGCCUUCCCUCUUAAUCUGGAUGGUUUCAUUCAUUGACUUUGACAGCGCAUAGUCUUUGACUUUGUGGGUCUUGCUUAAUUUCUGAUCUCUUCACGUUAUAAAUUAUGGAUUCCCAGUUUUUUUAUUAUUAUUAUUAUUUAUAUUUAUAUACAUGCAGUCUGCCCUGCCUUUCUCGUCGUCUUCAUCUUCAUUCAUUUGCCCCUCACCGACCCUGUCACGAGCAGUCAGCAAAACCCGACUCUGUCAGUCUGGGUCUGCUGGUGUAUUUGAUCUUUUAACACGAUAAUUUUACAGCAUUUAACUCUCUGCAUGGGCACAUCUUCAUCUUUCAGUCUCUUACACUCUGGAACAUGGUUGAAAAUGGCGCGAUCUUCUAUCGAGACAUUGCAUCAUACAACAUGAGUUCUUUUUAUUUAGUGAACUAUAGGUUCUUUAUUCUGUGAUGGGUGGUCCCGUCUUGCUCACAAUAAUUUUCCCUCUCUCUCUCUCUCUCUCUCUCUCUCUCUCUCGCUUGUUGGGCACAUCUUCAUCAGUCUCUGGAGCUCUGGAACAUGGUGGAAAACAAAACGAUGACGCUCUCAGCUCACGAAGGCUUGAUCGCGUCUCUGGCGGUGUCCAGUGUGAACGGCUUGGUGGCCUCCGCCAGCCACGAUAA